AUGGCUUCCAAAGGAGGAAUAGCAAGAACAAAGAUGAAGAUGAGCAAGAAGAUCAAGAAGAAGAGCCCACAGAGGAUGAAGAAGAGAAAUCCUCCUCCUCCUUCUCCUCCUCCAAAGAAUCAGGAAACCGAAACCGAAACCGCAGUCGAAUUAGCUUCAAGCUCAGCAGCCAUGGCGGAAAAUGAGAGCAUGAGCAGUGAUUUGGAAGAGUGCUGCACUCCAAAAGCAGAGAGAUUCAGAAUCCCAGAGAUCAAAAUCUGCCCUCCAGCUCCAAAAAAACAGAGGAUUUUCUCCAAUUGUUCUAAUUUACAGAGACCUUCUCCAAUUGCCUUCUUUGCUUCUCCAGAUAUAGAGCUCUUCUUCUUCUUCUCCUCCUCACAAUGA